GCUGGGUUUGAAAAGGAAAACACAUGAAAAAGGAGGCCUUGGCGGGAAAGCAAAGCGGAAGAACAAAGCGGAUUUCCUUUCCUCUCUCUGGCUGGCUCUUCCUCCAAAAUGACAGCCUGCCAUGUGCCACCGCCAAGGUGGAGCUUGGGUUUGACAGCAGAGGUGGCCAGGUUUGCACCGCAGCAGUGUAUUAUCCGGCCUCAUGCUUAGCGAACAACCGCGGCCUUAUUCCAGCCCUGAUCCAUGGCUCCCCAGGCGAAACCUAAGGACACGUUCCACUGCGUUGGGAUCAUCUUCUUCCUCCUGGGUUUGGGGACCCUCCUCCCUUGGAACUUCUUCAUCACAGCCAUUCCGUAUUUUCAGUCACAGCUCACGACGGGGAACUGCACAACUGCCGAGGAUGAUGGGAAUCAGACAGUGCCGGAUCUCGAACCUGGCUCCCGCUGCAGCGACGGCUUCAACUUCAGCAACUGGCUGGCCCUUCUCUCUCAACUGCCUUUGCUGCUAUUCACCUUGCUCAACUCCCUCCUCUACCAAUGCAUUCCGGACACAGUGCGAAUCCUGGGCAGCCUGGUCGGGAUCUUGCUUCUCUUUGUGCUGACGGCCGUCCUGGUCCAAGUGGAGAUGUCACCCUGGAGUUUCUUCUCCGUCACGAUGGCCAGCGUCUGGUUCAUAAACUCCUUCUGUGCCAUCCUGCAAGGCAGCCUCUUUGGGCAACUGGGCUCCUUUCCGCAAAGCUACAGCACCCUUUUCUUGAGCGGCCAAGGCAUGGCGGGCACCUUUGCGGCCGUCGCCAUGUUGCUUUCCAUGGCCAGUGGCGCAGAUGCUCGGACCUCGGCUUUGGGCUACUUUGUCACUCCUUGCGUGGGGACCCUUAUCUCCAUCCUCUGCUAUCUCUUGUUGCCCCACAAGGGUUUUGCACGUCACUACCUGGACAAAAAAACCCCAGAAGAGCCAGGUUGCGAACUAGAGACCAAGGCUGGACUUCUUGCUCCGGAGGAUGACCCCACUACCAUGCAAGAUGCCUCCCAAGGAGAGAUGCUCAACCUAAGCAAUGGUAAUAUUAGGUCCCUGGCACAAGAAGACUUGCCAUGUGCCCCUCAGAUGACGAACGGGAGUUGUGGAGUAGCCCUGGACCCACCUAAACCAUCAGUCCUACAUGUGCUCAAGAAGAUCUGGCAGCUGGCCCUGUGCAUCGUCAUGGUCUUCUCCAUCACUCUGUCUGUUUUCCCUGCCAUCACUGCCAGCGUCGCCAGCACAUCUGAAAACAAAACCUGGAGAAAGUUCUUCACUCCAGUCUGCUGCUUCCUUCUCUUCAACGUCAUGGACUGGUUGGGACGCAGCACUACCUCCUAUUUCCUCUGGCCAGACAAGUUCCUGCAGCUGCUGCCGGCAGUGGUGGGUCUCCGUCUGCUCUUCGUCCCUCUCCUACUCCUGUGUAACAUCCCCCAACGCGCCUAUUUGCCCACGCUUUUCCAGCAGGACGCCUGGUUCAUCCUCUUCAUGGUGGUCUUCUCCCUCUCCAACGGCUAUUUCGUCUCGCUCUCCAUGUGCUUGGCCCCAAAGCAGGUGCAGCCCCAUGAGAGUGAGUUGGCGGGUGCCAUCAUGACCUUUUUCCUGGCCCUGGGACUUUCCUGCGGGGCUGCCUUGUCCUUUGUCCUCAAGGCCUUGCUUUGAUGGGGAAUAUCCUCCCAUGUCUGGAGCUGGCACCUUUGUGGGCACGAGAACCAGAUUAAGGAGACGUUGGGUGAUAUGCCCUCCUGAUCUGUUCCUUAGCAAGAUCCAUCUCUGGUCUCUUAGAUAGUGCCAGCUGCCUGCCAGGUGGGACAUGCCUUAGCUGGGGUUGGCAUCACUUCACCAUCUUGGUGAAAAACAAAAUGGCAUCACUGUUGAUCCAGUUACAAAAUGGCACCACUACUGCUCCAUUUACUGGACUGGAAGCUGAAUCUUCAACACCAGUGAAUGUUGUAUGUUGCAUCUGAAUACAUCUGGUGAUUUUAGGAGGCACAGGGCGCACCUUGCUGCCGUCUCUCAACAUCUGCCGCCCGAGGCGACCAAUUCAGACUGCAAAAAGAUAGCGCUGGCACCAGUCUUAGGCCUCCAGCAAUGGAAACCUCCUCUGUUUUGGCACAUGUCUAUAUAGGUGUCAUAUACAUGACUUUAGAUUCAUCACAUCGCAUUUUCCUCAGGCGCUUGAAUGUCUCUUUCUGGAACACCUCUGGACCUUUUCAGGAUGGGGAGCAUGGAAAGGACCAAUGGCAAGACCCAUCUUUUUGGGAAAGAAAUGGCUACUACGCACAAAAAGGAAAGUUUUGCAAUAGCUAUACAUCUCACUUCUCUUUCUGCUGGGCUUCCAAGCUCUGGAAGGAUUUUGUCCUAUUAACGCACAAUUUCUUUAGGGAAGACGUAUACAGAUACUAAAGCCACUGAUUUCAUCUAUGAAGUUUAUCACACCGGGGUUGAUUUCAACAUUAAAGAGAGAUUAAAGCGCAUUGAAAGCAUACCACAAAUGAAGUUGAAAUGGCGAGUAAUUGCGCAAAUGAUUAUCACAUGCAAUUGCACAAAUAAAUGGUAUUGGAAAUUCACUGUCGCUGAAAUCCCAAAGUAAAAAAAAUGUGCGUUGAUGCUUCUUUGUGACCACUUUAAUGGCAGGUUUUGCACGACGCCGUGUGAAACCAUUACGCGGUUUUUCCAGGAUGUUCGCGGGAUAAACCUCCAAUCUCCUUUGUGUGAUAAACUCCUAGGGCUGGAUUUACCAAAUCUAAAUCCAUUUCCCGAGGCGACUCUUGCCCUCCUCUGCUUGCGUUGCUUUGCUUCCUAAGUUUGCUUGCUUCAAACUGCUACGAAAAUCCGCACACUUCGCUUCUCUGUGAAUGGGAACAGUUUGCAAAAUCUCAAACCCUUUUGUAUAAGAACCAGUGCGGUGUAUUCGUUUGCAUGUUGGACUAUAUGACUCUGGAGACCCGGAUUCGAAUCCCGGCUUGACUAUGGAAAGUCACACUCUCUCAGCGCACAAAAUCCAGGGGAACAUGCUCCACUGAAUGUAGGCAUUUCUUCCGCAUGUCUGUAGUAGCAUAGCCAGGUUUGCAACUGAGUCAAUGCAUAAGAGGGACCCAUGGCUUACCUUUGGGUCUCUGCUGAAUGUACAUACUUUCCUCAUUCGCACAUUUUUUAAGAAGGGAAUGUUAUGUGCGAAUGGGGUUUUUGUUGGGUUUCUCAAACCUUACACAUGAUUGUACUGUAACUUAGGGCCCGAACAUACAGGCCAAAAUGAAGCUGCUUUGGGUCACUUUGGAGUUACCCUGUUUAAAUGAUGCAUGCGUGUUAAGAGUCCAGAAGCC